AGAAAAAGAUAGAAAGGAGACACCAUCAUAUAACCCAAACUAAAAUCUCAGGGAUUAGAGAAGAGAGAAGAGCCAAAAUGUCGUCGUUUUUGAAGUCAUUCCUGGAUCCGAAGAAGAAUCGUUUGGCGGCCAUGCACAUGAACUCCGUUUCCAAACGCCUCCGCAGAUACGGCCUUCGCUACGACGAUCUAUACGAUCCUUUAUACGAUCUGGAUGUGAAGGAGGCGUUGAACCGGCUGCCCCGUGAGAUCGUCGAUGCCCGUAACCAACGCCUUAAGCGUGCUUUGGAUCUCUCCCUCAAGCACGAGUAUCUCCCUGAAGAUCUUCAGGUUAAUACUAAACUGGUUAGAUUUCGGGUCAAGUCAAUAUCGGAUCGGUUGAUUUUCGAUUUAGAUCAAACUUUGGAUCAGAAAAUGCAGACACCAUUUAGGAGCUAUCUUCAAGAUAUGCUUGCUCUCGUGAAGGAGAGAGCAGAGCGUGAAGCAUUGGGAGCUUUGCCUCUUGUAUGAGCGAACCAUUCCUUGAGAUAUCAAAAGUAAACAGGAGGAUUUCCGGGCGGAACUCACAGCAAAACUGAUUUUAUCUAUGUAAGAGGGCAGGCAUAGAGCAAAAAAUUAAAUAGUUCACAACAUGAUUAAACAAACUGACCGAGCAGAAAAAAGAUGGACUUGUCAAAAGUU